AUGAGCGAAUCAAAUAACCAAGAACGUCGAAAUGAAAUUACAAGAUGUCUCGAAUUAUUAAGUCCGUCCUCUUCUGACGACGCAAAAUUCGUCGCGCUUAUGCUUUUGCCGCGACUUUUACAGCAAGAUGAAGAAACUACAAAGAUUAUUUUUGAUGCAAUUGAUUUCAAGUUUUUGGAACGUUUAAUGAGGACCGAACGUUUUACGGAAGAAAAUUUGCCAGACUAUACCUUGAAAACGAUAGCUGUUCACAUAUUAUCUUGUUUCUGCGCUAUGGACGAAUUGCUGACGAAAAAACAGAUUCAUGCACGCAUUCCAACUUUAUCGACACUUUUACCUACAAACAUCAACGAAGAAUUAGCUCAGGAUAUUUUAAAGAUCCUUCUGAGGUUAGCUUCAGCGAAACAAGGCUUAACUCAAUUCAUUAACAACAAAGUUGUUUCAAACGUUUUGCAGCGCGCAAAAUCUUCUACAAAUGAAACGCGGGACAUGUCUCUGCAAGUAAUUUAUUACACCACCACCAGUGUCAUAGCGGAUUACCAUCUCUUUGAUUCAAAAAUCAUUCAAACAUUUUUACUUACGACAUUCGGAGAGUUAUCUGAAAUUUUACGAACCGACCAGACGAUGUUCAAAUUUAAUUGUCUUGACAUUUUUGUGCAAAUUUUUACGCAUAUGACGGAUCAAGUUGCACAGGAGAUGGUUCUUAAGGAUGAAUCGCAGACAAAUGUCUGGCUGCAAAAUGCGAAGUAUGGUUUGCGAGAUAUUUUAAGAAGCAAGAUAGGAAGCGAGCAGCGUGAUAAAGCUCUUUCUCUUAUUAUGUUGUUACUUCAUUAUUUUGAUGCAACUUGGUUGUUUACCCCGAAUAUCUCAUCAAAGAAAGAUCACCACUCAGUAGUCGAAAAUAUCGAUGAUUUUAAAUUUGCUGUUUUAGUAGUACAAUUAGCAUGUGUUGAAAUUCGUCUAAUGCUAGACGAAAUUUCCGAUAAGCUGGAGAAAAAAGAUUUUAAGCCUGUUGAACGCCACGAAGUUAUGUUACCGGCAUGCUAUACUAUUUUGGAGAAAUCGAUAGAACACUUAUCACAGAUCGAAAGCUCCCUGGAGAUUAACGAAAAUGGGAAUUCUACGGAUCCUACUAAAUCCAAGUUAGAUCCCGAACUACUGUUACGCUUGAAGUCCACAAUGGUCGAAACUUUUCGGAUUAUUAUGGAAUAUUUGUUGAAUAUCAAG